AUGUCCGAGGAAGCCAUGGACUUGCUCUCCGCUAUAAUCUCCACGCGCGCGCGCGCGCGCGACGACGACGACGACGACGACGACGACGACGACGGCCGGCCGGCCGGCCGGCCGACCGACCGGGGCCGGGGCCGACGGCGCAAAUGGCGUCCGUCGACGCCUCUGGCUUCGGCUCUGCGUCCCCGGGGUAAGACCAGGCGUCCCUGGCGUCGUAGCGACCGUAAAUGUACUUUUCCGGAUUUCCGACGAUGUUGCUUCUGUUUAUGGGAGCUGGACCCUGCCGAGGCUUCCAAGGGGGAUGAUGAUGCCGAGGCUUCCGAGGGGGAUGAUGGUGCUGCUCCCGCGGAAGAUGGUGCUGCUCCCGCGGAAGAUGGUGAUCAUGCUGCGGAAGAGGAUGAUGAGGAUGAUGAUGCUAUGAAUGCAAGGCAAGCGCAAUGUACUACCGCGAUGGCCCGCAUGGAGGUGGAUCUGAAGGUGCAUGGACACUUCGAGAAGCGGCGCCUACUCUGUCACAGUAAAAAAAGCGACAACUUUCAAGCAAAAGAGGAAAAACGCCGACUAAACGAGACACCGCACAAUGACCCAGCAGGAGAGCAGGUGGCGCAUGAUGAAGAGACCAAGCGAAUCACAAAGUAUGGUUGCACUAUUGAAAUUAUAGAUUUGCUUCUUCUCAAUGGUGAUAUACCGCUUGUGCUUAAUGAGAUCGUCCGUAUCCCACUCAAAAGACACUGUAAAAUGAACCCCACCAUUAUUACCACCAACGUGAAAGAAUUGGUAUUCAAUCAAAAUUGGUUCAUCGUCAUCAAAGUGCUUGUUCAGUUCUUUGAUACACCAGCACCUGCAGAGCCAACACCAGCAAUAGCACCAGAACCGGCACCAGCACCAUCAAUGGAGGAGGACCAGGAAAGCGAGCAAGAGGAUGAGAAAGAAGAGGAGGAGGAGGAAAAGGAGGGGGAGGAAGAUGAGGGGGAGGAGGAGGAGGGGGAGGAGGACGACGACGACGACGAGGAGGACGACGACGAGGAGGACGACGACGAGGAAGAAAAACCGGAGAACAAACCUUGCCAAGAACCUGACUUCCAGCAUCCGCCAGCCACUCAAGAGGACUGGAGAAUAUGGGCCGACUACCUGGACCAGCUGCCGUCGCUUUUUAGCCGCGUGGAUGACAAAUUCCGACAGCGAUAUGAGCCAGACUUGGAAACAUAUCAAAGCUUCGUAAGCGAAGCUCUUGCAGAUGCGAUUGAGGGUACACAAUCGCUCCACAGUAAGCACAAGCGCCCAAAAGUCGCGAGCAUGCUCAGCUGGGGUGGUACGACCGCAGCGAGGCUCCGAAGACUAGCGCCAAAAGCCUCCGACAAGAAGAGAAAACGCACCCCUUCCCCCCCAUGA